UUUAUAGAAUUGUCGGCCACACCCUUCAAUCACUGUCCCUUUCUGGCAAAGCACUCAGCCAUGAAACACUCUCGCAAAGCCAGCUUCUUCUCUUCCUCUUCCACCACUGUCACCUACACUCUCCAUAAUGACAACUCUACCCCUCCACCACAUCCCAAUUCCACCGAAAUUCCCAUCCAGUCCUCCGAAACGGCCCAAAUCCCCAUCACCGUCCAUCUCCCCAAACCCAACGCCGCCACCAAAAUCCAGUCCGCCUACCGGGCCCACAUAGUCCGCAGCCUGUACAAAAAAAUCUCAGCCGUCAACUCCGAGGCCGACCAACUGCAACGCCUAAUCCAAAGGCAGGAAACGGUGGAUGCCGUUCGGAGCAACGACCGCGAGAAGCUGAGGAUGAACGAGGCCCUGAUGGGUUUGCUGCUGAGGCUGGACUCGGUGCCCGGGGUUGAUCCAGCGGUGAGGGAGGCGAGGAGGAAGGUCAGCCGUCGGAUCGUGGCGUUGCAGGAGAUAUUGGACGCGAUUUCCGAGGCCAAGGUGGGUGAUGAUUGUUGUUUCACUAACCAUACACAGUGGGGUUAUGGAUAUUAUGAUGGGUUUAUGAGGAGUUGGGACGACGUCGUUGCGGAGAUGGAGGAGGAGGUUUGUAGGGAACGAGGGGGUGACGAGAUGGAGAGGUUUUGUGCUCAGCAUUUGGGGUUUCGGUGCUUGCAGAGGUUUCUUCGUGAGCCCUGAUCCUGUGUGGUAUGGGUACAGCUAGCUUACCAUAUAUAUAUAUAUAUAUAAUAUGUCUCCAAUUUGUGUUCUUGUGGAUGCUCUUGGUCUUGGAUGAAAAUAAUUAUUAAUACUAAACCCUUGGUAAAAGAACAACCCUGAAAAAUACGACAUUAUUUCUCAUGGGAGAAACCAAACUUUUAUCCAAUAAUCAUCCAACAAGCUGG